AUGGUUGAAGUCAGAGACGAGCACUUCCCCGGGCCGUUGCCAGAGAGAAAAUCAGAAUGUCCGCUUCUGCAGCUUCCACAGGAGCUUCUCUGCCUGAUUUUCGACUACCUCCCGCCGGCGUGGAUUAUAUCUCUGUCCUUGACUUGCAAAUCCUUGAGGAGCCUCGUGCAUAGUCUCAACAUCGUGCCGGAAAGAGGAGACAUUAACUCUCGAAGUCAACUCCUCUCAGUGCUGCAGAAAGAUGUGCCUGACACAUAUUUUUGCUUCUGCUGCUGGAAGCUGCGGCGCCUCGACCCAUUCGAGGACUGGAACGGCCAGCCUCACAGAUGGACCCCUGGUCCCUAUACAAUCCGAGCAUGGUGGAUGAGCGAGCAAAACAACAUCUGGCAUGUUCCGGCACCAUACCACUACCCUACCUUCAAGAGCCACUUUCAUGUCGAAUUCAUGGAGGCCUAUCUGGUCAUGAACGCUCAUUUUCUGGGCCCCUCUCACGGAUUACCGCUCAAGAGCUUGGAGCGAUAUGUGUCAUUUCAAGACCAGAUCGAGCUCAAUCUAUGUCAAGCCUCCGGCAAUCAUAGCUUACAUCCCGGGGAUCACCCUCGGAAUGGGCAGGGGCUUGUCAGUCUUUGCCACAAUAAGACGGACGAGCUGCCUCGAUUGGCGGGACUGUGGAGCUUCUCGCAUGAAACCCUCCACGGACCGCUGGUGCCCUGGCCAUGCCUGGCAAGGCUCAUCAGCAGUCUGGAGCCAGAAGUAUGCCGCCAUGUAUAUUGCUCAGCCGGUUCAACCCCCCCUUUUUGCAAUCUAAUCCCACCGCAACGUCACGGCAAUGAGUUUCCGCGGUCGCUGAUGUGCAAUGGACUGUACAUGGUGCCACCGUGUGUGAGUUCGGAGUCAGAUUCCUGCGUGGUAUGCAACACGGAUUUCGACAUCUCCCUCAAGCAGGACAAGGACAGCAACGAAUGGAUCUUUUCUCUCAGUGCAUACCACUGCCUGGGUUCGUGUCGGACUCCGUUCGACGAGCUCUGGAACUGGUUUAUAAACGAUAUGCCUCGAGCGCCAGAUGCCGCUAUCACUAUGCGGGAGCGCAACCGAAGAAUGACCAAGCUUGCCAAGCUUAUUGGAACUGCUCGACAGAAUUGGAUCCAGGGUGGACAGAGUCAACUGGUGUACCGUGGCGGCAAAGAGCAGAAGAAAACUCGUGGCUUUACCCCUCGCUUUGUGUAG